AGCGCGCGCUGCACGACCGUCGUGAUGUCAAUGAAUUUUAGGUGCCCCCUCAGGAUGCCUGAGUACUUGCGCUCGCCAAUGAGAGUCUCCAGUGUGCAUGUCCUUCAUUUCUAUCAACUGAACUUGCCUUCACGGAACCCAAUUUGAAUAAAAAUAAAAUAAAUAAAUAAAAAAAGAGUAGAGAAGAAACAUAUCGCUCAGGUUCGUCGCUGCUCCUCGCGCUGCCCUCGAGCUCCUCGAUCGCGUGACAUUCUGGAGCGUUUAAAACAACUUUAACUGCGCGUGACAUGGAGUGCCGAGUGCUGUCGAUUCAGAGUCAUGUUGUGAGAGGAUACGUGGGGAAUAAAUCGGCAUCCUUCCCGUUACAGGUUAUGGGGUUUGAAGUGGACUCGAUCAACUCUGUUCAAUUCUCCAACCACACAGGGUACUCACACUGGAAAGGACAGGAAUUGACUGCAGAUGAGCUCCACGUCCUCUAUGAAGGGAUCAAACUGAACAAUGUCAACCACUAUGACUAUGUUCUAACAGGUUAUACUAGAGAUACAUCAUUUCUGGAGAUGGUAGUUGAUAUUAUACAAGAGCUUAAAAGGGCCAAUCCCAACCUUGUAUAUGUUUGUGACCCUGUCCUAGGUGACCAUGGUUCAAUGUAUGUUCCUCAGAAUCUACAUCCCGUGUACAAGAAUAAAGUGGUACCAGUGGCUGAUAUUAUCACACCAAACCAAUUUGAGGCUGAGUUAUUGACUGGGAAGAAAAUCAGCACAGAGAAAGAUGCUGUCCAGGUGAUGGACCUGCUUCAUAAAAUGGGUCCAGACACUGUGGUCAUCACCAGCUCUGAUCUGCCCUCUCGACUCGGAGACAGAUUCCUGGUGUCUCUUGGCAGUCAGCGCAUUUUGAUGCCAGACGGUACAAGGACAACCCAGCGGAUACGAAUAGAGGUACCGAAAGUGGAUGCUGUGUUUGUGGGGACCGGUGAUCUAUUUGCUGCUAUGCUGCUGGCAUGGACUCAUCAUUACCCAACAGACUUGAAGACGGCAUGUGAGAAGACUUUCUCUGUUAUGCACCAUGUAAUCCAGAGGACUAUCUCUUAUGCCCAUGAGAUGGCAGGCCCUGGUAGAAGACCCAGCCCGGCCCAGCUGGAGUUACGAAUGGUACAGAGUAAAGCGGACAUAGAGGAUCCAGCCAUAGUGAUGAAGGCCACUGUUCUAUAGAGCUGCCGCCACACUCCACAUCUUAUCCACACAUCACCCUCCACUCACAACUGCACAAUGUAUAGAUGUUGUACAUUUGGAUAUGUAAUGUGACAUUGCCUUAGAAUCUCAGCCAGAGCACAACAGUUCCAUUUCAAGAGAUUCAGCAGGGUACAGCCAAACAAGCCAGAGGGCGAAAGCAAUUAUAACACAGAGAAAAAAGAAAAGGGGAGAAAUGAAUGGGAGAGAUCACCACCCUUUCUCAUUCACUCAUUUGUCCAUUAUUACCAUUUCUCUCUCUCUCUCUCUCUCUCUCUCUCUCUCCUCUCUCCCGAAGCUCCUCAAGAUCUUCUGUUCAUCCUGCACAUAAAGCCCAGUCACUGACAUUUCCACACCAGGUCAGUUAUGUACCGAAACUGCCGUUGUUCUAGUUAGGACCAAUGAAACAAAUUAUUGGCAUCUAUAAGAGUAUAACGCUUGCAUCUACUUUCAGUAUUUUGAGUGAGAGGAGCAAGGACUGUUGAGCUUUUUUAACACAAAAAUCAAGAUGUUCAGUAUGAGAGACCUGGACCUACUUUGAAAAAUAUGUUGAAAAGCCAAACUUAAAAAUAAGCAAGUACAGUGUUGAGUGUGUAUUAUUGACCCAAAGCACUAAUUUGUGUAAAAGAGUCCAACAGUGUCUGAAAUCUGUGUAUUUUAUUGUUGUGUGACUAUUUUCUCCCACAAAAGGGAGAUUUUAUUGAAGACAUGCGCUGCUGUAUUUGUGACUUUGAUGUUUUUUAGUGAGAAGAUGUACUGUAAUAAUUUGUAGGCCUUGCUUAUGCUUAUGAUUUAAUUCUCUUUCCAUUGAUUUCAUUUUACAUUGAGCAUUUAUAUGGAACUUAAGCAUUUCAUUUUUGUUCGUCAGUGUAAUUGUUAACAUGGUCAUCUCAUUUCCUUUGAACUGAUUGUAUUUGCAUCGAUAAUCUACUUGUUUGUACAGGCAGAAAAGACUUAUAAAAGUAGUUUUAACUUUUGAUUUGACAGUAUUUUCAUAUCUUGCAAGAAAAGACUUGUAUGAAGUCAGUUACUGGGGAACUUCUUAAAAAUGCCUUGACAAAAAUAGCUGUGUAUAUGGUAGUCUGGUGACCUGCACCAAAUUAUCUCUCUGUGUUGGAGAACAUAUUGGUUUAUGGUUACAAAGCUGUGAGAGAAAAUAAAAGGCAGAUGAGUUAUAAUUUAUUAUAUUUGUUCUCCUUUAUUCAUUUCACAAGGAGAUUCAGCCUUUUUACUUUACAAUCAGCUUCUUCUUUUCCUCCUUUUUUUUGUUCUCAACAUGGUUAUUAUUUUAUUUUUCUGGACUUUUGUCCUAAAUAAUGCUCUUCCAAGAGUCAAUUUUUAUGUACUUUUUUUCCCAUUUGUUCAAUCUGAUAAUUUUUUUUGUUGUAUUUGUGUGGUCACUCCCGAUUCAUUCUGGGUGAAUCUCACGACAACACAUCACAUUUCCUUCCAAAGUCAAAAAGAAAAUGAAGCCAAUUUUAGGACCAUUAAAGGAAUAUUCCGGGCUCAAUCGACAGCAUUUGUGGCAUAAUGUUGAUUACCACAAAACUUUAUUUCGGCCCUGCUUUUCUUUUCUUUUUUUUUAGCUUUUUUAAAGAAAAGGAGGGACAGUUUGAAAAUAUUUUUUGUGGUAAUCAACAUAAUGCCACAAAUGCUGUCGAUUGAGUUUAACUUGUAUUAAAUCUGGAAUAUUAAUUUAAGAUUUUAUUUGCAUUGUGACUUCAUUGAGAAAUUCUCAUUAUUGAAGAGCAGAGAAUAAUACAGUGAUCUCGUGAAAAUUCGGGUUUAUUGCGUUGUCAGGUUUUUGCUUGUUUGGUAGUACAGUAAUAAGGUUUUUUGCAUUGGGGUAAUGAGAAUUUAAGGUUCAAAUUGUGUAU